AUGUUUGAUGUUGCUGAACGUCUUUGGGAUCUGCAGACAGUGCGGAUGGAACGGCAGUGGAAUGAACCAACAGGCUUCGAAGAUCAAGAGGACGUUUUAGAGGCCGUUCUACAAAUUCUGCAUGGCCGUAGGGCCACAGUGGAGACGGAUGGCAAGUCUCGGAAGCGCAAGGGUGCUUUGGAUGAUGCCGACAAGGCCUUUCUACGUGGUCUCAUGCGAAGGUAUGGCUUGGAACUGAUAGAUCAUCCGGAAAAGCCGUGUCUGUGGCAGGAAGUGUUCACCAAAGCAGAUUUUCUGCAGACACUGUGGUUCGUCAUACAGCGACUUCUGCAUCCACGUGCAUCUGGCGAGUUGACGGCUCUGCGUUGCCUCCAUCAACCUGAUCGCAUUGCUGCACUUAGAGCUUCCAGGAGUCGGGCCUUGCGAAGGAAUGGCGUCCAUGCCGAUGUGUUGUCCCUGCAUCAAGAGUUGCUGGAGUGGCAAAUGGACACGGGGACGAGUAGACUGCCGAAUGAAUCUGAAGACAGGCCUUUGUCUUCGAAGAUUGACAGCUACAAGGAGAAGGACAGAAGGAAUCGCAUCUCAAGCAUGAAGAAGGCUUAUCCUCCUGAUUUUGAACCUUUAGAGCAGUUGUCCUUGGACUGUCUUACUGGAGCAGGUGACUCAUCGACAGGUGUGCAGUGGCGUUCUGAGUUUGAAGAGCAACUUAUGCUUUCUGUACCUGGCUGGACAGAGGAUGCAAAGAAAAGUCGCACUUUUCAUACAUUGCAAGAAGUCCUCCAAUGCGGCGAUGUGUUUCUUCAACAAUGUUUUGCGACGCUGCAAUCUUAUGGAUUGUCUCUUCAGCGCAAAUUGAGCGUUCUUGCUGCCAAGUUGCAAUGCACUCCUAGCAUACCAGGUGUGGCGGAAGCUAUGUCCACUCGAUUACUCUCAACUCCACAGGACACAGAGGAGAUGGAGCUCAACAGAUAUGUUUGUCGGUUGUGCGACUUUCAAUGUGCAGACAAGGAAGUCUUGCAAGAGCACAUCAAGGACGCUCAUUCGAAUGACACUGAGGUUGCAAGAGCAUGGGUGGAAUAUCGCAAGAAAGUUCCCUCUUGGACUGUGCAACGCAGCUUGAUGGCCAAUGCGGAUGCAGCAUUGCGAGAGCCAGGACGGGAUGGAGCACUGCGUGAGGAACGGGCAUGUGUGGUUUGUGCUCGUAGAUUCUGGAGCGAAGAGUUGCGUCCAGUUAUUUUGUUCCAAGAUCCAGCUGCUGGAGCUCCAGAGACGGUGGACGGAGAAGAGGAAGAUCAGCGAGUGAAGAAGAUUGCACCUUCGCAACAACGUCGACUGUGUCGAGUUCUGGGCGUACAGCGCUACCUGGAGCGUUGGCCACAGCUACAGGCCCGUCCAGAGGCCAUUGCAGAGCUGAAGGCAUCGGCGGUCGAGCAUCCAUUCUUGAAGGAGGAGCUGCUCCUUUUACAUCGACGCCGAAUGCCAGCUGAUGUCAGGGACCCAUGCGACGUUUGCCGAGAAUGCUGUGGUCCCUUGACAUCAAGCAUGGUGAGCCUUCCUCGGUACAGCUUAGCCAAUGAUUUGUGGAUCGGUCGACAACUUCCAGCUUUGAGAAACUUGGCAGCGGCCACCAAACGUUUGUUACCAAUGGUGCGCACCUGUCUGCAAGUCACUGUUCUGCAGCCCGGUAACCUCGUUCGAGAGGAACGGCAGAAGGGCUUCAUCGGCAACAGCACUGCCCCGCCUUCUGUGCCCUGGCUGCGUUCCAAGCCCGGCAGCCGAAUCUCCCGCGUGGCGGUGCGAUCACUGUGUGAUGCCAACUACCAGGGAGGCAACCUGGAGAACGGCACCUUCAAUGUCACUGAGAAGAACCAUCGAAGCUACGCAGAGAAGUGGGGCUAUGACUAUGAGAUGUUGUUCCGCAGCCCCUUGAGCGAUCAAGAACCUCAGUUUGGGAAGCUACAGGUGGCCAUCGACUUAUUGGGUUCGGACGAUCCGCCUGACUACUUCUUCUGGCUCGAUUGUGAUGCCUUGGUCACCAAUCGCUCCAUCUCCCUGGAGGAUCUCUUGGAGACCUACCAGCUCCACGCGGCCCACUUCGUGGUGGCGGAGGAGGUGUCGGGGAUCAACUCGGGCAUCUUCCUGGUGAAAGGCGGUGCGGAAAGGCAUGGGCUCCGUUUCUUGAGGGCCGCUAUGACCAGCGACUGGCGCUUCGUUUGGGAUCAGACCAUGCUGUUGGACCAAAUGGCCCGAGACUCGGACCUCUACGCGGAUGACAUGUGCUAUCAGUGGCGCACCACGGGAGCUUCGCACGACUUCGACUGGGCACCACACUUCGGGGUGGUGCCGCAGCAGGCCUUGAACUUGUAUGGCCAGGGCUCUGCCUUGCAGUGGGGUGCUUCAGCUUGGCAGCGUGGGGACUUCAUUCUACACCUGGCAGGGUGUCCACUGGUGGAGCUUCCUUGCCUCCAAGCCUUCGAGGAAAUCGCCCAGUGGGUGGAGGAGAGCCAUUGA